GGUCAACAAAGAUGUUUACCUGCCAGUGCCUGAAUGUGUCGAUAGCCGUAAAUGAGGAGAGCACCGCCGCCACCGAUCCCGGACCAGUGACGCUGAAGCUUGAAACGAGCUUGCCGCGGCCACCGGCAGACGUGAUUGCCCGGCUGGCGGAAGGAAAAUCACGCGAGCUGGCCAGUUUCUUCCAGGAGUCUGUUGGACCCCUGCAAGAUGCAAGCGUGACCAUGCAACUGAUAAUGAUGCUGAAGACAAUCCCGUGCGAAGGCUGGAACGUGAACAAAUGCCUGAACUGUGGCUGUGUUGCCUUCGCCCGCAACAGUUCCAACCCGUCGGUCAUCCUGAUCAAUGGAACACUUGCGGUCACCGCCGAGGAGAUUAACCGGCGCAAGGCGCAGGAAAACUAUUCACCCGCCUACAGGAUCGUGCUCGAUGGGCGAGCGGCCAAUUUUCGCGGUUUCUACCGAAAGGACCAGUACCGCAGCCUGUUUACGGCCGCGGCCAACACACUCGACAGUACGAACGAUCGGAACGAGCUGCUCGAAUCGUUGCGCGCGUUCAUGCGUGCCGAAACACAGGCGGCCAACGAGCGGAUCGCACGCUUCACGCAGGAGCUAAACGAGCAGCUGAGCAAUGUGCGCGAUCGGGCCGAGCAGGAUUAUCUGUUCCUGGCGCAAACAUUCGUACCUGAACUAGUAGAUAGUAAUAAAAGUGGCGAGCAGGGGGCCACGGCCACCGCCACCAGUCCGUCGACGAUGACGGAGAAAGCGCUUCAGCCGCUGCUAACGAGCUUGGGCACAACACCGGUGGCCGCGGAUGUUGCCGGCAGCCAGCUGGAAACGCCACCACCGACUCCAGAAUGUAUGCCGAUGUCGACCGGUAACAGUCCACCGUCAAUUGUGAACGGGAACAACGGUACGUCGUCGGUUAGUCCGGAGCAGCCGAGUUCAGCUAUGGACGGUUUCAAGCCGGCGAAGCUUAGCAACAGUGCCGCCAAUACGAUUAACAAUAAUACUACGAACAGCAACCAAGGUGCCAUUAGCAAACCACCAACUCAGCAGCAACAUUCCAUGAGUACAAAUCUCUUUGCCAAUCACGGCAAUACCCUGGGAGCUGCCACCACGGUACCAGGGCUUGCCGGCAGUGUUGGCAACCUAGCGGGGGCUACACAUAGAUUUAGCAGCACCAUCCAACAGCGGCCACAACAGCAGCAGCAUCAGACGAUGUUCGACUCGGACUGUCUGUUCGACAUCGAUGGCAUGGAGAAUGACAAAACGCCACCACCGGAUGAUAUUACUGACGAGGAGCAAUCGGAUUACGAUGAUUUACCCGAUAACAACAAUCGAUCGGAGGGUGGCAUAGUCAUACCGCGCCAUCAGUACGGACGGCAGACCAGCUCGAUCGCGAAAAGUCUUCCGAUUUCGAUGCCGAAAAAGAUGGCCCCGUUCCGGGCGAACGAAGAUGAUCUCGAUGAGAUGGCCGAAGAUACGGUUGAUAUUGCGGCCAGCAUCAAAGCGCUCGCCAAAAGCGUACAUGGUGAGGCAGUGUUUGGUGAUCUUCCACGCCGGCAGAUCCAAAAGUUCACCUCACAAAUAUGAGCGCACGUGC